UAUACCUUUAAGAAACAAAACAUUUUUAUAGGUUUUGGAUCAUUUUAAGAACCAAAAGUCCCUUUAAGGUAAAUAGUUUAAUAUAACAACAAAUAUUAAAAUUUUCUAGCAAAUAAAAAAUAUCCACCUUUAAUUAGCAGAUAAAAAAACUAACCUCAGCCACGCAAGGAGAAUUUACACUUGCAUCUAUUAGGUUUAAUCUGAGCCACAAACUUUAACCUUGAUUCUGCAGUCUUCUCGACCUAAGCAUACUCACCCAUUGGGGUGCUCACAUGCAUGAAGCUAUUCAAGUACAUAAAGGCUUAAAGAAUCAAGAUCAUAGGGGUCUAAUCCUGCCAUAUUUAAAAACCACAAACAGAAAUCUGUGCGUUUUCUCUUUUAAUAAAUUUAACCUCCAAAACGUUGUUAAAAAAAUAUAUCUGUUAGCGUACAAUUUGGGUAUACACCUAUAAGUAUAAUGGGGAACACUGAAAAUAAGCUAAAUUAAAUGCUUAAAGUUUAAUAUUUGCUUUGAAGUUAGCACUGACUUAUUUUUAUAUCAACUUGCUACAUACUAUUAACUUAUAACUAAACCUUGACACCAUUUUGUUUACUUAGCUCAUUUCUGCAGCCCUUGAUCAUAUACACAGUUCCUUAUGAAAUCAGGGCUUCAUGAGUUGUACUAUGUACAUAAUUAAGAAUUGCAGAACUUGGUCAAGAGUUACUACUGCAGUGUUUGUACACCUUAUUGUUACUGCUCUCUCACCGGUUAUAAAUCUCAAUAUGGAUUAUCAAUAUCCUACCUGCAUUUUUCUGUUUAGACCAUGCAACGAGAUGCUUGCUUGGAAUACAGAAUCUGAAGAUCUAUCUAAUUACAAGCUGUUGUAAUUAGUAACUUUUAUUUAGAUGCAGCUUUGGGGUCAGAUCACAAACAAAAGCGAUUGAAACAACUACAGUGUUCUGAACAGUUAACUCUUCCCUGCCACUAAUCCAUGAAUUACUGACAAAACACUGAGGGAAAGGCAAGAGUCACUCACAAAAUAUUGGGUUUUCAUUCCCUUGUUUUACAACCAUAAUCCAGGAAUCAAAAAAGAUCCAGUUAAUAUCAGGGUGUGAAAUUUAAUUAUCAUACUCCUACCCCAAAUAAAGCAGCUUUUAGGACAUAAUCAGGAAAAAAAAGCAAUUUAAGGGAGAAAAACAUAUCAGAAUAAGAGAAAGAUAAAAACCAAACCUAAUUACAAGUAAGUAAUUGGUAUAUAUUUCCUCUUCUUUUCCAUCCUACACUAUUGUCCAGAACAGAGCAGACAGACUAAAAAGGGCAGGCUUGUCAUCAUUAUACUGCAGUUUUUAAGAUCAGAUAUUACUUGUACCAAACAAAGAGCAGGCUUAUCAUCAUACUGAAGUUUUUAAAAUCUGACAGAAUCAGGACAUAGCCAUACCGGAACGGAAAAAAUAAGACUAUACUGAAGGCUUGCAUAUACCUAAGGUAUUCUCAGUCUAAUCAAGACAGCUUUCCCUAAAUGUCCUCAUUUAUUUUGGAGAAGGAUGAGGACAGCGACUUAAAUCAUUCAGCUGUAACACAUAUGAAGUCUCUCUCUGAACAGUGAACACAAGAUUAAUAGUAGCUUAAAUGCACUGAAUUCCUUUAGUCAGGUAAGACUAAAUUCAGUCACUCAUUUGACACAAGCAAGUAAAAACUGUUUUCUAAAUAAGGAUUCAGUUAUGACAAAACACUGUGCAAAAAGUACAAUUAGUGCCAACACGCCAUAGCAUUAUCCAGGGUCUUGCAAGGGCUACAAAAUUCAACAGACAAUCUUAGAAUCUCCUCUUCAACAUACUUUAAAACUUUUAAUACGGAUUUGGAUGAGUCCACAUAAAUGCAAGGGGUUAAAUUCACCCAUACUUCCAAAUAUUAAGAGUUGCUGGAGCUCAGCCCACACUAUAAAACUUUAGAGCUGAUCCCGUGAUGAAAGGAUGAACAUAGAGAUUUAAAAUAACUACAGCCAGACCAACAUUCCUCCCAAGCUUAGUUUGACAUGAUGGGACUGGAAGUAAUAAGAACACCAAUAUCUUCAACCCUAAAACAUAGAAAGAGUCUGCGCUUAGCUUUUAUCUGAAAUAGAAAGACAACUUGGUUCUCUUCUCUCUCUCUCUCAUGAAGGAUAAGAAGCCAUAAUAAAGCAUAACAGAGAUUACAUUAAAGUUUAAAGUUGGGGCUCAGGAGCUGUUAGCAAGAUCAGUUAUACAAGCAAUCACAUCCAGCUCUCUUCCUUUUACUUACUACUCCAAACUUCUUGACCCUCUUUCUUCUCAGAUGCUGAGAACAGGAAGGGGGAACAUAUUUCCAAAGGAAAGAAAGAUCAAAGGUGUGCUUUCAAAAUCUAUACCUUAUUUAUUCUUAUAUUUAUAUGCUGCUCUCCCAAAGAUGACUCGGGGCAACUUACAAUAAAAGAUUCCCCAACCAGCAUCCCAGAAAUGUAAAACUCCACCUUCCCCCAAAUCACUUCCUUGCCCAUGACCCAGGAGAGCAAACCCUCUGGCUCAUCCCAACCAUACUUCCUAAUCUUCCCAACUUCCAAUUAUUUCUAGGUUUAGAAAAUCUUUUCCUAUUCCCCUUCCCUCAUGCCCACCCACUCCCAUUCCACUCACUCAGGCAAGCCCCAUUUUCCCAUCUCAAUGGUCUCUCCUAAUUCCAUACCCAUCUGUGGAACUGCCCCCCCCCCAAGCCUACAAAUACUCUCCCUUCCCCCAACAAGCGCAACAUUCAGUUCAAAAGAACCACAACAGUGAAAUAGAGAAGCCCCUUCAUUAUCACCAACAGUUAACGCUAAAGGGAAAUACUGAAGGACAUCCUUGAGUGUCCCCCCAUCUAAGGGAGGCCUGCCAGCUCUGUAAGAGAUACAGCCAGCCUGGUCCUCUCUCAGUUCAGGUAGUCAAGAUGGUACCUGGACUGGGCCCCAGCACUCCCCGUCACCCCGUGGAUUGAUUGCCAAGCUACAUUUGUAAAAUCGAAGGAACAAAAUAUGAACAAUAUUACUACAUUACUUUUAAAAAUUAUUUCUCUCUCAUCCUAUCAUAUAAACACCCAGUCACAAAAAAAAGAGAUCCACUAAACACAGGACUUCACAAAAAAAUCUGAAAUACAUACAUAGCACAAGGUGUAAUCUUGCAAGGAAAUGAGUCAGGAGGUUCAUGCCAAAUUAGUUUAUAAAUAAAAUAUGAAAAGCAACCCAAUGAAUACAGCGUAAGGGAGGUUUUCGUUAGUGCAACAGCUGUACAUGCAAAUAAACAGUUGAAAUCUAAGCAGACCUACCAGACAAGUCAAAGAAUUUCCAUAGACCAAAAAGGUUACAGGUUUCUAGAACUGUAAUUUAAUGAAGCUGGUUCACAGAUUGCAACUGAAGGAACCAGCCAAUUGCUUUUGCAGUAUUCAUUCAUCUUUAUAAAAAUGUUAGAGAUAAAACUCUACUUAAAACAAAGAUGGCACUUUUCUUCCAAGCCCUUUUUUUACAAUUAUUUUAUGUAAAAAUUUACUUCUGGAUAAAAAAAUCUCAGAUUCUUUUGAAUUAUUCUAAAAAAAAAAAUUAAAACUUUUUUGACAGCAGGAGUUAACUAACUGUUGGGGAGAAUUGUUUCUGCAUUUCAGAAUGUUUCUGUAUUUCAAUUCAAAUAUUCUACACUGGAAAAAUUCAAAGGCUUAGUUUUUUAAAAAAUACCUCCUAUUGAGUAUUGUGUAAAGGUAUUCAUUUUUUUUUUUUUAACUUCUAAACAGUUCUAAUAUCUAUUUUUUCUAUCUUCUCCCCUAUUUCUUUUUCCUUAAAGGAAGUUAAGGCAGUUACCUGUUAAUUAACAGUUACUACUAAAAUUUGAAUCACACAGGAGUCAGGAAACUCAGAGUUAAAGUUUCCAAAGUAACUUUAACCUGGCCUCCUUGAAUAUAUGCAUUACAAUAGGGUUUUCCUUUGCUCUCAUUCCACUACCCCCCAUCUUUACCACUUUUCUCCUCAGUGAGGAGAUGCCUUUGACCUUAUAUAAUUUAAGGAAGAUAUUCAAAAGUUUCCUAACAUUGUUAACACUGAUUCAGUUCUACUGAUGUCUGUAAUGUUGCGAACUUGGCAUACACAGGGUUAGUGCAUCCUCCCCACCCAAACCUUAGCCCAGCAAGAACAAAGAAACAGCACAGCACAGAGCAAGAAUGGCAGAGCAAAGGACCACUCAGGUAACCCUUCCUCCCCCAGCCUAUAUGAUUCCCUCCCCCAUCUCAGCCAAGUCUGUCAGAGAAGAAACCCCUGGGUGUUAAGCAACUAAAGGCUCAAGCAGGGUACCACACUCAAGAUAUUGCAGCUGGAAGUACUGAACUGAUGGUGUCAAGAUUAUUUACUCCGUUCCUUCUCUGGAUACUCUCUCCUCUGAAUUAAUGGGCUGUUUUAUACCAACUCCCUUCUAUCCUUUCCCUUACAGACACCUCAAGUGAGUCAUGCUCCACUGCUCUCCAUGCUCACCUCUUUUCUUUCUCCUUUAGGCUCCCCAAGCCAAAAAUGCGUCUCUUCCCUAAUGGCCCUUCCCCCCCAAACAGGAACAAAUGUCUAAAGAGAAACAUUUUUAGAACAAAAUGUUUGCUAGUCAUCACAUUAUGCAUAGUUAGUACAUUAUAUCCUUUCCGCCCCCUCCCAUGCUUAGCCUAGUCCAUUUAGGAUUUUUUUUGGUUCUUCAGGGAUUCUUUUACCCUAUAUUUGCACAAUGCCUAAUGUAAUGAAGUCUUGAUUCUAAUUGUUCUCAAGGUGUCCUCAAGGUAAGAUUUAUUUUCCUGUUUUAAUUCCUAUAAUAAAUUUAUCAAAACAAAUCUUAUCAACCUACAGCUUAAGUCAGCGGUAGCCAGCAGUCUUCUUUACAUAAGACCCCAGACAUCCUUAAGCAAGAAGAGUUAAAAUGAGGAAUAAACUUGUUCUAUGUUUGUAUGACACCUUGCACAAUAGGAUCCUACUCCGAAACAAAUAACACUGUCUCAUUGAUGCAGCCCAUGAUCCAGCCCACUGAUUACUACCCCAUGGUCCUAAUCCAUGUGGGUACUAAUGAUGCGGCCAGAAGCCCUGAUCACCUGGUGAUGGACGACCAUGCUCUGGGGGGCAUGCUGAGGGAGAUAGGAGCACAGGUGGUAUUCUCUUCUGUCCUACCAGUGAGCGGACGUGGAAGACGACAUGUGACCUGCAUCAGAGAGACCAACUGGCGGCUUUGGGAAUGGUGCCUCAAGGCAGGCUUCGGCUUCCUAGACAACAACCCACACAACAGGACGAGAGACAUGCUCAGGUGGGAUGGGCUUCACCUUUCCCCCACAGGAGGUGCACAGCCCCACCAGGGGAGACGCCUUGUUGGAUCUGGUGCUGGCCACAGGCGACCUCGUGGGGGCUGUGGGUGCUGGACCACCUGGGUGACAGCGAUCAUCGCCUGCUGGAAUUCACCAUCCAGCGCAAGGUGGCAAAAGUCAGCAGCAAGGCGGCAAAAGUCAGCAGCAAGGCGGCAGCCCCGGACUUCAGUAGGACAGAUUUCAAUGAGGGACCAGAUCAGCCCAUCCGCCAGGACCCCCUCAGGCCCCAGGGGAGGCACACCCAGGCCUAGGGUCAGUGAUGAUCUAGUCAGGGAACUUCUGGAGGGACUGGAUGUAUUUAAAUCAGCUGGUCUUGACAACCUCCACCCCAGAGUGCUGAGGGAGUUAGCAGAGGUCAUUGCGGGACCCCUGGCACCGCUUUAUGAGCACUCAUGGUGCUCUGGUGUAGUGCCAGAGGCCUGGAAAAGGGCCAAUGUGGUUCCCAUUUUCAAAAAAGGAAGGAAGGAAGACCCAGGGAACUAUAGGCCAGUUAGUCUUACCUCAAUCCUCGGUAAGCUUUCUGAGAGAAUUAUCCUGGCGCGUGUCCAUGAGGGGCCAGCAGGGGAGGUUAUGCUUAGGGGCAAUCAACACGGGUUCAUUAGAGGAAGGUCCUAUCAGACCAACCUGGUGGCCUUCUAUGACCAGGUCACAAAAUCCUUAGACGCAGGGGUAGCAGUGGACGUAGUCUUUCUGGACUUCAGGAAGGCCUUCGACACGGUCUCUCACCCCAUUCUCAUUAAAAAGUAGAGGACUGUGGUGUCGACACCUACACAGUCAAAUGGGUCACUAACUGGCUGGAGGGCCGCACCCAGAGAGUGGAGGGGUCAUUUUUGACCUGGAGGGAUGUGGGCAGUGGGGUUCCCCAGGGCUUGGUCCUCGGACCUGCACUGUUCAACAUCUUCAUCAGUGACUUGGACGAGGCGGUAAAAAGCACCGUGUUCAAAUUUGCUGAUGACACUAAGAUGUGGGCACGCUAGAAGAGAGGAAUAGGCUGCAAUUAGACCUAGACAGGUUACAGGGGUGGGCAGAUGAGAACAGGAUGGGUUUCAACACUAACAAGUACAAGGUGCUGCACCUGGGGAGGAAGAACCAGCAGCAGACCUACAGGCUAGUGAACUCCCUUCUUGUCAGUGCACAGGCAGAAAAGGAUCUUGGAAUCAUUACCGAUGCCAAAAUGAACAUGGUCCGACAGUGUGGGGACACGGUCAGGAAGGCCAACCACACCUGGUCAUGCAUCCACAGAUGCAUCUCAAGCAGGUCGAAGGAAGUGAUCCUCCCUCUCUAUGCAACACUGGUCAGGCCGCAGUUGGAGUACUGCGUCCAGUUCUGGGCGCCGCACUUCAGGAGGGAUGUGGACAGCAUUGACAGGGUCCAGAGGAGGGCCACUCGCAUGAUCAGGGGGCAGCAGGGCAGGCCCUACAAGGAGAGGCUAACGGACCUGAAUCUGUUCAGCCUCCACAAGAGAAGGCUGAAGGGAGAUCUAGUGGCCUGUUACAAACUAGUCAGGGGGGACCAGCAGGCAUUGGGGGAGUCCCCGUUCCCCUGAGCACUGCCAGGAGUGACUAGAAAUAACGGUCACAAGCUGGCAGAGGGUAGAUUUAGACUAGACAUCAGGAGGCGUUACUUCACUGUCAGGGCGGCUAGGAUCUGGAACCAACUUCCAAGAGAAGUGGUGCUGGCUCCUACCCUGGGGGUCUUUAAAAGGAGGCUGGAUGAACACCUUGCUGGGGUCGCUUGACCCCUGUGCUCUUUCCUGCCAUGGCAGGAGGUCGGACUUGAUGAUCUGUCAAGGUCCCUUCCGACCCUACAAACUAUGAAACUAUUGAAACAAUAACAAACUUAACAAAAAAAAAGUUCCUUUCUGUGAACAGGGCCAGAAAAAGCAGUUUCCCAAUCUGACUCAGGUUUAAAGCCAGCCAAAUUCUUGAACGUAUCUGUCCACACACACUUUGCUAGGUUUAAGGACUCAUGAGUUGUUUCUUUUCACUGUCACUCUUUUCUGGACAAAGGGCCUUCUUUUCACAAGGUUUCUUUUUAGUUUAGCUAAGGGCAACGGUCUUUGCUUUACUGUCACUUUUUAGAAGGCAGCAGAGUAGAAAUACGUCUUACAAACUAACUGAAUCACAGAUGCAUAAGCUUUCCUAUGCAUCUGAUUCAGUGGAUCUGUAAGGUAUAUCUCGACUCUGCUUUCUGCAUGAUUUCAGCCUAACAUUGCUAAGUCUCUUUUAAAAAGAAGCUAAAUACUGAAUACCAUGUCAUCACUACAUGAAAACAGUGUGUAACACCUUUCAUAAGGCUUAAGAAUAUGUAAAGAACUUUCUUCGUUGAACAGAAAAUUGAAAUUAGUUUUCAAAUUCUGGGUUUUUUCCUCAGAAGUUUUGUUUCAAGUGACUGACAAAGGGAAAAUAUGAAUCUAUAGCAUCAAAAGAUUGCAACACUUAUUUCUUCUACCACUAAUUAAAACUUGUUCUAAUUUUUUUAAGUCUAUAUGACUGCAUGCUUACAGUCUGGUGGUGAUAUUAUAAUGAGCCUUGCAAAUCUAGGGAUUUUAAGAAGGUUCACAAAAAUCGACUCAUACAAACAUAUAUGCUUCUUUGAUACCUGGACUGUAACUUAUCCUUUCUACAUUGUAUUUGUACAAUACUGGGGUUUUUUUGUGUUGUAAAUGCAUGUAAUAAGUUUUGCUGCUGAAAUGUUUACAAACAGCAAUACAGAAGUACAUUUUUCAAAUCAAGUUAUAUUAAUCAUUGAACAUUAGUUGUUUCUGCAGACAAGUGUUAGGCACACUGAAAGCAAUAUACGAAAUAUGCUCAUAUUUAUUUUUAUAUUUUAAAUUCCUUUCCCAUCUGAACUGUGCCACAUUUUCCAAUGUAGACAAAAACCAAUUUUGUGAAAAAAAUUAACAUAAAAAAACCAACUAAAACUUAGAAGUGUAUUUAAUGCUACUAAAUGAGCUUUGUUUAUUGAAAAGUGAACAAACAGUUAAAAUCCUGUUAUUCACUAUGAUUUCCUUUUACUGGCAUGAGUCGUAACAAAUACUUUGAACAGAUAUAAAAAUAUUUGUUGAAGCAUUUCUUAUCAUUUUAGAGCUUAUCCGAUACUUGCACAAUUUUUAACUUUUAAACAUUUAAAUUAACAUUUUUGUAUUUUAAAAUUACACAUUUCCUCUAAAGGAAACAUAUUAAGUUACUAUCUACACUUUUUGGUUUUUAGAAUACAAUUUAUCUUCAGAACACCAUCUAAUUCUCUAAACAAAUAUUUACUUUUGAAGAUGUAGUUUAUAUUAAGAAUUUAGUUUAGAAUAUAGUUUAAAUUAAGAGCAAAAGCAUACCUG